CAAUGCAGCAGCUGCUCGGAAAGAGGUGAUUAGGAACAAGAUCCGUGCCAUUGGGAAGAUGGCCAAGAUGUUCUCCGUGCUCAGAGAGGAGAGUGAGAAUGUGUUGACCCUGAAGGGCCUGACCCCUACCGGCAUGCUGCCCAGCGGGGUGCUUUCUGGAGGCAAGCAGACUCUGCAGAGUGCAACCACCGAAGCCAUUGAAGCCAUCGAGACGGAUGAAGACGGAGAAGCCAUCCGUGGCUUCUCUCCACAGCACAAGAUCAACAGCUUUGCAGAGGCUAAAGGUCUGGACCGCAUCAACGAGCGCAUGCCACCCCGCAAGGAUGGAGUCAACCACGUGGGCCACUCCAUGGGCAAGAUGAACAUGUCUGAGACCAACGGCACCGAAGACAACAGUAACAUCCAGUGAUGAAACGGCUGUCCACUCACCUGCACCUGAGUCCAUGCCACCGCCACGACGCAUGGCAUGACAACGCCAAACCCGUGAUUUAAGGCCUCCUGCUUCCAAAAACACCCAAUGACAUCACCUACACAUCCCUCCCUUCUCCAAUGUCCAAUUAGAGAACCAAACUAUCUUUAAUGUUUCACUGAAAAGAGGCAGGAUGUUUUCUUGCUGUCAGUUUGCCGCUUGCAAUUUUCGAAGCGGAUACCUUGCCGAUGGCAAGUUUCUGCCUUUUUUUGGGAGUGUCGAAUGGGAAGGAGGGGUGGGGGGGGGGGUUUGCCUGUGAAGGGCUGAAAGUGUCUUUAUCAGAGAGAGGGCGGUCUUAGUUCCUUUCUGACUCCACCCACAUGCCAAGUGGGCGGGGUUUGGGAACUCUCUCUUAAGCCUGAUCCAUCCAGUUCGUCUCGUCGGUGCGGGUGAUGAGCCCAUACCGGUUCCAUGCACACUUUUUUUCCUUUUUUGAUUCUGAGUUUUUCUUCAUGAUCCCAUCUCAUAACGAAAUGAUCUCACUGUUGACAAUGUUUUGCUACUAGUAUUAAUAAAUAUACAAAUUUGAAAUGACAAAAAAACGAAAAAUGUUUGUAAGAAAGGACAUUUAACAACAAAUCCUGUACAUUUUAUUACUUACGAUGCAAUCUUACCUGGGGGGGUUUUAUUUCUUGAUUUGGUUUUUGGUAAGAUGUCAUGAAGCAGUAGAGGAGGAGAGCAGUGCUGCUUGUCCGCCGUAGACUCUCGAUCAAAGCAACCGUUCGGAUGGAGGAAAACCGCAGUUGAAGCUCAAGCUCAACCUUUGGCGCAACCUUCCUGAUUGUUUCUCACUUGCCUGUAUUUCAAGAGAGAAUGCACAUAGUACAUUUCGCAAGUCAAAUAAAUAUUAUAUAAAUAUAUAUAAAU